AUGCGUUACUCUCAGCUCAUUCUCUCCCUCUUCCUCCUCGUUACCUUCGUCAUUGCUGUGCCUCUGCCCCUGCCAGUGGAUGGCUUGGCUGAGAGGUCCACCAACAGGAAGGGAGACGGGCUGAAAAACUCCAAGACUACGGCCAAGGGAAUCCAGAAGAACAUCAACAUACAAAAGCAGGAGCUGCAUGAGACCAAAGACGUAAGGAAGGCUGAAGGAACGAAGAACUUCCGUAAGGAAAAGGGUGAGCUCCAGAGCGAGAUCAGGGCAGGACAGAGACAGCGUGAAAGGAACCAGCAUACCGCCGAUCCGAGCAACAGAAAGCUGGUCAAGGGCCUCAACAAGGUCGAAAAAGCCCAAGCCAAGGAGUACAAGCAAGCCUCGUCUCUGAACGGGGGAAAAGGCGACAGGAAAACAUUGAGCAAACUCAACAAGGAAAUCAACCAGGGUAUCGACGUAAACAGGGAAAAUAAAAAGGCCGUGAGUGUUGCCAACAGCUUUCUCAAGGAAGCAGGAUACUGA